AUCAAAAUCAAAAUAUAUACCAAAUUAACAUGGCAGCUGAAAUCAUUAGCAAUGUCAAUGAGAGAUGGUCGCUUAAGGGAGCCACAGCUUUGGUCACCGGAGGAACUAGUGGAAUCGGGUACGCCAUUGUUGAAGAAUUGUUCGGGUUCGGAGCAACUGUGUACACUUGUUCGGAAAAUGAAGAACAACUCAAAAAAUGCUUGGGAAAGUGGCAAAGCAUGAAGUUUCCUGUUCACGGAUCAGUUUGUGAUGUAUCCUGUAGAGCUCAACGAGAGAAAAUGAUGGAAGAGGUUUCUUCCUUGUUCAAUGGAAAGCUUGAUAUACUCGUCAAUAACGCAGGGACAUUUAUUUUGAAGCCAUUUGUGGAUGUGAAUGUUGAGGACUACUCAUUGAUCAUGUCUACAAAUUUUGAGUCAGGUUUCCACCUGAGCCAGUUAGCCUAUCCUCUCCUCAAAGCGUCGAAAGCGGGGGCUGUAGUCUUCCUCUCCUCAAUUGCUGGGGUUUUGGGAGUACCAUCUAUGUCAAUGUAUUCUGUUAGCAAAGGAGCAAUAGUUCAGCUGACAAAGAGCCUGGCAAGUGAAUGGGCGAAGGAUAACAUCAGAAUCAACUCCAUUGCACCAGGGAUCAUUGAAACCCCGAUGACGGAAUCACUGGAUGAUCUUAAAUCAUCAGAAGCAUCAAAAACUCCUCUGAAACGCAAUGGUCAGCCCAAAGAGGUGGCGUCUCUGGCGGCGUUCCUCUGCCUGCCUGCCGCUUCUUAUAUCUCUGGGCAGACAAUCUGCGUCGACGGAGCCCGGACCGUGAGCGCGUAAGAGGCUGGAAGAUGAUCACAAUCAUACACAUUAUAUUAUAUGGAAGCUAAUGUGUACCCUGUUUUUAUAAGUUUAUUUGUUUAUGAUACGCACGCAUCCGCUGUCGGCGCAUGAACCGUGUUGGUUGAGUGAGAAAUGUUUGAACAUGUCGAAGCCUGCAGAAAAGCAGCAGAACAGCUACCAUGCAUGUAUGCUUGAAUCAUUAUUUCGUCUA